AUGUUAGAACGAAACGCAGCGAUUGUUUUUGCAAUAGCUGGUAUUGUAGCUGUUCUCGGUUUUAUUGGUGGGGUUGCACCAGGAAUUUAUAUUAAAAGUUAUGGAUUAUUUGGUAUUGGCUUGGGUUUACUUCUAUCCAUUAUUAUUCUUUUGAUUAUUACAACGUUUAUAUUUGAAUAUCAGAAUAAAAAUCAAAUCAUUUCAACUUCUUCGAUACAAAUUACUAUCUUUAGUAAAAGAUUAUCAAGAAACGAAAAAAUCUUGCUUACUUUUACUGAUGCUUUGCUUUUUACUGUUGGUACUUUUCUUGGUGUACUCUGUGAAUUAUUACUUAAAGCUUUGAAUUCAUCAUUAGCUGUUCAUAUUGUUAUUGGAGCUAUAUUCAUUUUAGCUUUACUAAUACUUUUCAUCAUUAUUUUAAUACUAGGAUUGAAAGAUGCUAGAAAAUCGACAAUAAAUAUUAGUGAGCAAAAUCAAGAUUCUAGAAGAUCAUCAAUAGAAAUUAGUGAACAAAAUCAAACAUUUGUUGAACCAAAUAGAUCUUCAAAAGUACCAACUAAAUCACAAAAUGGACCACAAAAUACAGCUGCUAGGGCUAAUCGUUCACGUUAUUUAGACAAUACUUUGAAAUCUUCAUGGCAAACUUCUUCUUCUAAUGAUUUCACAACAUAUUCAAAUAAUACUUUUCAUACUACAAAACCACAAACAACGAUACAAAGAGAAUAUCAAAAAUUACUUCAUUCAUCACCACAAUUUUAUAUUAAUGAUAAAGUUUACGUUAAUGAUAAAGAUAUUGCACAGAUCAUUAAAGAUGAAGGUUUUGGCAAUUAUCAAAUUCAAUACCUUGAUAAUGGUCUAAUUGAAUUUAGAAAUGUUGCAGAACUUCGAAAAGCAUUGCCUUUAAUUACUUGA